UGGGCCUCCGCAUAGUUAAGAGCAUGUCGCGCUCCUCUCUGUCCUGGAGAUUUCUAGAUUUCCUCUCAAUCAAUCUCCUUCGUCCUUGGUGGUAUCUUCCGUCUCGGGGUGGUACAUAGUUGCUCGUGAUCCCUACAGAUCAUACAAUACCUUCAGUACCGAGCAAUACCCCAUCCCUUUUAGGUAAAGCAAAAAUAUGGCUCUGCUGUUCAUCAAGCAGAAGCUGUUCCCGUCCCGAGGAAGCCAAUCCCAGCAAUCCUCUGCAGGGCAACCUCUCUUGGGCAGCAUCGGAGAGCACCCACAUGACGACCUGGAAGCCCAGAAUCAUUCCUACGAUACUUUCUACCGGACGCCGUCAGAGGAUUCAAGUAGCUCCGGCGGCAGCUCAGGGAGCAGCCGGUCGCGUAUCAACCCGCGAAUCAUCUCGGAUGCCAUCCUUGGUCUUUCUGAUGGACUGACGGUUCCUUUUGCACUCAGCGCGGGGCUGUCUGCCUUGGGAGAUACCAAGGUCGUUGUGCUCGGUGGCCUCGCUGAGCUAGCAGCUGGUGCAAUUUCCAUGGGCCUGGGUGGAUAUGUUGGUGCCAAAAGCGAAGCAGAAUCAUACCAGACAACCGUACGGGAAACGAAAGAACUUAUCGAAAGCUCCCCGGUGGAGACUGAAGCUAUUGUCCGCGAGACAUUCGUCGCCUACGGCAUUUCCGACACUGCUAUUGCUGAACUAAACCACUCUCUCCACGAGUCGCCUGAAAGGCUUCUCCAAUUCCUCAUUGCCUUCCACCACAAGGAAUCCGAACCGGACUGCAACCAGGCCUACAUCUCCGCCAUCACGCUCGCGCUCGGAUAUUUCAUCGGCGGUUUCAUUCCUCUCAUUCCUUAUUUCAUCGCCAGCCAAGUCAUCACCGCACUGUAUUGCAGUAUCGCCGUCAUGGGAGUGACUCUCUUGGCCUUCGGUUACGUCAAGACGUGCAUCGUCCGUGGCUGGGCGGGUAGUGACAAUGUUAUCGCAGGGUUGAAAGGUGGAUUGCAGAUGGUGGUUGUCGGAGGCGUCGCCGCCGGAGCAGCUAUUGCUCUUGUUGGGCUAAUCGACCACGGCGGUGCCCAUUGAGUCUUUUGAAAUUUGCUUUAAUCUGGCGUUCUCGGUUGGAAAAAGCUCACCCUGAUUUUCUGACUUUGUGUGAUAUCCAUAACGGCGUGAUGAUUUGUUGUUUAAUAUCAAUCGGGCA